ACUCAUUCUCCGAUCAGCGCGUGAACGCAGCUCGGCUGCCGCUGGCAGGAAACAAUUCUGCAAAAAUAAUCAUACUCAGCCUGGCAAUUGUCUGCCCCUAGGUCUGUCGCUCUGCCGCCGUCCACACUCGCUGCAGGGGGGGGCACAGAAUUUACCGCGGCAAGAACAUCCCUCCCAGCCAGCAGAUUACAAUGCUGCAAACUAAGGAUCUCAUCUGGACUUUGUUUUUCCUGGGAACUGCAGUUUCUCUGCAGGUGGAUAUUGUUCCCAGCCAGGGGGAGAUCAGCGUUGGAGAGUCCAAAUUCUUCUUAUGCCAAGUGGCAGGAGAUGCCAAAGAUAAAGACAUCUCCUGGUUCUCCCCCAAUGGAGAAAAGCUCACCCCAAACCAGCAGCGGAUCUCAGUGGUGUGGAAUGAUGAUUCCUCCUCCACCCUCACCAUCUAUAAUGCCAACAUCGACGACGCCGGCAUUUACAAGUGUGUGGUUACAGGCGAGGAUGGCAGUGAGUCAGAGGCCACCGUCAACGUGAAGAUCUUUCAGAAGCUCAUGUUCAAGAAUGCGCCAACCCCACAGGAGUUCCGGGAGGGGGAAGAUGCCGUGAUUGUGUGUGAUGUGGUCAGCUCCCUCCCACCAACCAUCAUCUGGAAACACAAAGGCCGAGAUGUCAUCCUGAAAAAAGAUGUCCGAUUCAUAGUCCUGUCCAACAACUACCUGCAGAUCCGGGGCAUCAAGAAAACAGAUGAGGGCACUUAUCGCUGUGAGGGCAGAAUCCUGGCACGGGGGGAGAUCAACUUCAAGGACAUUCAGGUCAUUGUGAAUGUGCCACCUACCAUCCAGGCCAGGCAGAAUAUUGUGAAUGCCACCGCCAACCUCGGCCAGUCCGUCACCCUGGUGUGCGAUGCCGAAGGCUUCCCAGAGCCCACCAUGAGCUGGACAAAGGAUGGGGAACAGAUAGAGCAAGAGGAAGACGAUGAGAAGUACAUCUUCAGCGACGAUAGUUCCCAGCUGACCAUCAAAAAGGUGGAUAAGAACGACGAGGCUGAGUACGUCUGCAUUGCUGAGAACAAGGCUGGCGAGCAGGAUGCGACCAUCCACCUCAAAGUCUUCGCAAAACCCAAAAUCACAUAUGUAGAGAACCAGACUGCCAUGGAAUUGGAGGAGCAGGUCACUCUUACCUGUGAAGCCUCCGGAGACCCCAUUCCCUCCAUCACCUGGAGGACUUCUACCCGGAACAUCAGCAGCGAAGAAAAGGCUUCGUGGACUCGACCAGAGAAGCAAGAGACUCUGGAUGGGCACAUGGUGGUGCGUAGCCAUGCCCGUGUGUCGUCGCUGACCCUGAAGAGCAUCCAGUACACUGAUGCCGGAGAGUACAUCUGCACCGCCAGCAACACCAUCGGCCAGGACUCCCAGUCCAUGUACCUUGAAGUGCAAUAUGCCCCAAAGCUACAGGGCCCUGUGGCUGUGUACACUUGGGAGGGGAACCAGGUGAACAUCACCUGCGAGGUAUUUGCCUAUCCCAGUGCCAUGAUCUCAUGGUUUCGGGAUGGCCAGCUGCUGCCAAGCUCCAAUUACAGCAAUAUCAAGAUCUACAACACCCCCUCUGCCAGCUAUCUGGAGGUGACCCCGGACUCUGAGAAUGAUUUUGGGAACUACAACUGUACUGCAGUGAACCGCAUUGGGCAGGAGUCCUUGGAAUUCAUCCUUGUUCAAGCAGACACCCCCUCUUCACCAUCCAUCGACCAGGUGGAGCCAUACUCCAGCACAGCCCAGGUGCAGUUUGAUGAACCAGAGGCCACAGGUGGGGUGCCCAUCCUCAAAUACAAAGCUGAGUGGAGAGCAGUGGGUGAAGAAGUAUGGCAUUCCAAGUGGUAUGAUGCCAAGGAAGCCAGCAUGGAGGGCAUCGUCACCAUCGUGGGCCUGAAGCCCGAAACAACGUAUGCCGUAAGGCUGGCGGCGCUCAAUGGCAAAGGGCUGGGUGAGAUCAGCGCGGCCUCCGAGUUCAAGACGCAGCCAGUCCGGGAACCCAGUGCACCUAAGCUCGAAGGGCAGAUGGGAGAGGAUGGAAACUCUAUUAAAGUGAACCUGAUCAAGCAGGAUGACGGCGGCUCCCCCAUCAGACACUAUCUGGUCAGGUACCGAGCGCUCUCCUCCGAGUGGAAACCAGAGAUCAGGCUCCCGUCUGGCAGUGACCACGUCAUGCUGAAGUCCCUGGACUGGAAUGCUGAGUAUGAGGUCUACGUGGUGGCUGAGAACCAGCAAGGAAAAUCCAAGGCGGCUCAUUUUGUGUUCAGGACCUUGGCCCAGCCCACAGCCAUCCCAGCCAACGGCAGCCCCACCUCAGGCCUGAGCACCGGGGCCAUCGUGGGCAUCCUCAUCGUCAUCUUCGUCCUGCUCCUGGUGAUUGUGGACAUCACCUGCUACUUCCUGAACAAGUGUGGCCUGUUCAUGUGCAUUGCGGUCAACCUGUGUGGAAAAGCCGGGCCCGGGGCCAAGGGCAAGGACAUGGAAGAGGGCAAGGCCGCCUUCUCGAAAGAUGAGUCCAAGGAGCCCAUUGUGGAGGUUCGAACGGAGGAGGAGCGGACCCCAAACCAUGAUGGAGGGAAACACACAGAGCCCAACGAGACCACGCCACUGACGGAGCCCGAGCUGCCUGCCGACACUACGGCCACUGUCGAGGACAUGCUGCCUUCUGUCACCACCGUCACCACUAACUCUGACACUAUCACCGAAACCUUUGCCACUGCUCAGAACAGCCCCACCAGUGAGACCACCACCCUGACCUCCAGUAUUGCCCCGCCGGCCACGGCCACGCCUGACUCAAACUCUGUACCGGCUGGCCAGGCCACCCCUUCCAAGGGGCCCAGCGCCUCUGCCCCCUCCCCGGCCCCAGCUUCAGCCCCCAAGGUCGCCCCCCUCGUUGACCUGAGCGACACCCCGACCUCAACCCCUGCCGCUAGCAAUUUGUCUUCUAGUGUCCUGGCUAACCAAGGGGCUGUCCUCAGCCCAAGUGCCCUCGCUAGUGUCGGGGAGGCCUCUAAGGCUCCUCCGGCCAGCAAGCCCACCCCUGCACCAGUCCCCACCCCGACUGGGGCAGCCAGUCCUCUAGCAGCAGCGGCUGCCCCUGCCACAGAAGCCCCUCAGGCCAAGCAGGAGGCUCCCAGCACCAAAGGCCCGGACCCGGAGCCCACCCAGCCCGUAGCUGCGAAGAGCCCGGCCGAGGCAGCCACAGCCCUUGCUAGCCCGAAGAGCGAGGCUGCCUCCGUCAGCACCACAAACCCUUCCCAGGGCGAGGACUUUAAAAUGGACGAAGGGAACUUCAAGACCCCAGAUAUUGACCUUGCAAAGGAUGUUUUUGCAGCCCUGGGCUCUCCUGCUCCCGCCGCUGGGGCCAGUGGACAAGCCCCUGAGCUUGCUCCUUCCACUGCAGACAGCUCUGUUUCGCCUGCGCCAGCAAAGACCGAGAAGGGCCCCGUAGAAGCAAAGCCAGAGUGCCAGGAGACAGAAACGAAGCCAGCGCCAGCCGAAGUCAAGACGGUCCCCAAUGACGCCACACAGACAAAGGAGAACGAGAGCAAAGCAUGAUGGGUGAAGAGAACCGAGCAAAGAUCAAAAUAAAAAGUGACACAGCAGCUUCACCAGAGCAUUUCCAACACCACAGACACACACACGCACACGCACGCGCACGCACACACACACACACACACACACACGCACACACAUCUCAUUUCUCUAGUGUCUUUUGCCUUUAAAAAAAACUAAACAGAUAAAACAUGGGAAUCUCCUUUUUGUAGGUUUAUAGAAAGGGUCCCUUUGUUGCACACUCACUUGUAAGAAAAUGAGACAAAAAGGUUAAACCCACAGCCAAACUAGGACACUCCGUUCCCUGAAACCAUUUAAAAAUCAGACAAAAGGACCCCAAAUUAAGAAUCUAGGAAGCUCAGAAACGAAAUCUAGGUUCAGGAAGACCACACUUGGUGUUACCCGAUUAGCACAGACCAGUUUCAGAGAAAUACUUUCAGGCACUAAGACUAAUCGAAUGAACAAAGUCCACAGUUUAUUUUUAUACUUUCAGUCAAGUUUGAACUCUGUAAAACCUCAUAAAUAAGUUAUAAUUUCUGUUCACUUUGUAUUUGUUCAGUAUGCAAAGUGUGUCACCCUUUCUAGCUGAAUUCAAUUCCCACGUAGACUCUUAUUUUAUAGGACGAAUGCCAAAUUGCAGCUUCUGGGGGUAGAUCUCAAUCUGCAGUAUUCAGACUUCUUUUUCUUUCUUUUACAUUCUUUUUUUUUCUUUCUUUCUGCCAACUUUGUUUUCCAGUGUUUACAAGGUGACAAAUGUUUGACUUUGGUUGUGUUUAAAUGUCCGUGUAAAAUAGCUGCCUUUUAUUUUUUAAGGUAACAAAUACCACCCAGAGGUAGGUAGGAUCAUCCCACGCUUGCUUUAGCACAGGACAACUUUACAAAACAUGAUUGUUUACAGCUGCUCUUCCCCUCUUUUCUGAUCUGCAGUUUUUGCCUGGGUCCCACUCAGGUGAAAAUCCAUCUCAUUCUGGAAUGGUUUUGCUUUUGAAUUUUUGGUUACUUUUGUGUUUCUUUGGGGGUUAGACCACUUUCUGAUUAGCCGCCACCUGCCUGCAUCUGUGAAAAGGGAUCUGCUCCCAGGCGUUCUCACCCUUCUUUUGAAGGACUCCUUAGGCUUUGUUGAAUGAAGCAGAGAAGAUUGUAUAGUUGGGGCUGGUCUUGGUGAACACACAUUACCCCACACAUCCCCUUUGUGUAGAAAGCCAAAUAAAAUAUAUACAUACCAUUUCCUUUUGAGCCCAGAAUCUAGAUUUGAGCGGAAGAGCAUGUGUGCUUCAGGGAAUUAGUGUCUUUUUUUGGAAAUCUGUUGAAGUAAAGUAACAUCGGCCUUCUGUUCACUUAGGCAGCAUUUAUAGAAACAAAAGAAGAAAGAAACAACCUACUGUCUGGAGUCAUAACACAACUUUCCUGGAUUGGAAACCAAGUGGGGGAAAAAAUACAGAAACUUUAAGGGGGAUGGGAGGGGGGGAGAAGGGAAAAGCCAGCCCUUUGUAUAGAAAUUUUGCUUUUUUUUCCCUCAUUCUACUUUAGAACUGCAAGCUUGUGCACUGUGGAUGCGUGAAUAUUUUAGUGUGAAACGUGUUUUUGUCAUAGUAUUGAAAUAAAACUUCAACAUAGUUUGGUUGUGGAAGGUAUAGCAGAUAGUUCAGAAAAAAUAUUCAGGAAACAAAAAUCACUCUUAAAAGGAAUCGAAGCCUUUAAACAAAGAAAAUGAAAUACAGAUGAUGAUGAUGAUGAUGAAGAUGAUGCUAAGUAAACAGAAAUCAGUACUCCGCAUGCGCUCCUCUCCUAAGGUACAAAGCAGCAAGGGGUUAGGGUGGCAAGGCUGCCUCUGGGUCCAUUCUGUGGGCCACUCUCCCCGACGUUCUGACACUUCUGCAGUCUGAUCAGUGGCGAUGGUAGAUUAUAAUUUCAAACUGUGAAGAAUAAUGGUCUUGUCAUUUGCUCAAUGUGGGGUUAUGUUGCAUUUUCUCAGCUCCUGGGGACGGAAAUGGAGGAUCCCAGAACACACAGCCCUGGCCCCUUUGAUUCUAGGGCCUGCACAGAUCUCUGGUUCAAAUGCACAGGCCCUCAGAAUAGAGGAACAUGAAGAGAGAUCUUAGAGCACACAGUAGAAUGUGAGAGCCUGGGUGUCUGAGACCGGGAGGGCCCAGCAGUGAGGGGCAGGCUCUUCUGGUCACCAGGCUGUUCAGUGGACUCAGUUCUUCAUCUUGUAAUGUCGAUGGCUUUGCCACACCAGGCCAAGCCCAUGCCAUACCUUGUCAAGACUGUCAAAGUGGUUGUGGUUAGGUCAAACUGGUUUUGGUUCUGAUGGUUAGGAAGAAACAGGUCAGCCCUCAGAUCACCUGGCCCGGGACAGCUGACCCCCUAGAACCCUGGCUCUGCCAUUAGCUAGGACCUAAGACUCUGCCCACAUUUUGCUCUGUUCUCUCCCAUUACACAUAGGUUUGUCUCAGCAUGCAAGAGUUUUCCUUUAAAAAAAAAAAAAAAAAAAAAAAAAAAGCAAUGCUUUCUCUAAAAUCGAAGAGGGAGUCAUUUUAUUCCAAGAUGUUUUAUCUUUUAUGUUAAGAGAUCAAAGCUUAUAAUUUUCUUUUUUAAUUUUUGAAGGAGGGAUCAACUCCAGUUUCCAAUGUCUAUGUGUCUAUGUGUGUAUGUGCCAUACAUAUGUAUUCACAUGAAGACCGGCAUGGCCAAGUUCUGCUGGAGGAGCACUCAAGUGUGACGAGCAGGGCCACUGGACCCUGCAGGGCUGUGGUGUAUAUAGUGCAGCUUUGGAGGUGGAACUCUAUUUUCACACUUUUCUAUGGAGCCUUCCGAGUCCCAGGUUUUCACUUGAGGCUGUCUGUCUGGAUGGCGGUUUUCAGACCUCCAUUAACAUCCCUACCCAGCAUUCUGUACUUCGGGGGCCUUCUCUCUUGUUAUAAAACUUUUUACCAAGUGAAACAUCGAUACCACCUUUGUUUCCAUUCUCACUGGUGUAAAUACUGAGUACUAACUGAGAAUUUUGACUUUGCAUUCUGUCGGAAUACUUGUGUUCAAUAAAAAUUGAAAGAAAAAAGCUA